AUGUNUUGCAAAUGCGAUUGUGAAGAAAAAGAAUGUCCAUCUGGAUAUUACUGGGACCACGACCUUUGCAAAUGCGUUUGUGAAGAACAAGAAUGUCCACCUGGAUAUAACUGGAGUUUCCAACGUUGCAAAUGCGUUUGUAAAGAAAAAGAAUGUCCACCUGGAUAUUACUGGGACCACGACCUUUGCAAAUGCGUUUGUGAAGAACAAGAAUGUCCACCUGGAUAUUUCUGGAACUUUUAUCGUUGCAAAUGCGAUUGUGAAGAACAAGACUGUCCACCUGGAUAUUACUGGGACCACGACCUUUGCAAAUGCGUUUGUGAAAAACAAGAAUGUCCACCUGGAUAUUACUGGGACUACGACUUUUGCAAAUGCGUUUGUGAAGAACAGGAGUGCAAGCCUAAUUAUACCUGGAAUGAAGACCUUUGUGACUGCAUGUGUCAAGAACAAAGUUGCUCUCGUCCCAAAUGUUGGGAUCCAAAACUUUGUGACUGCGCUUGUUGUGAAAGCCCUCCAGACAUCGUAUGCGCUCUUGGGGAAGAUUGGAAUGAUGAUCUCUGUACAUGUGAACCAUGUGAUUAUGAGUGUCCUGAUGGAAAAAUUUGGGAUUAUGAAGAAUAUGGAUGCGUUUGCUCAGAGAUUGAGAGUUGUCGUGAUGAUCAAAAAUGGGAUCAUAAACUUUGUGAAUGCGUUUGCAAAGAAAUCGAAGAAUGUCCCGAUGGAAAGAUUUGGGAUCACAAACGUUGUGAAUGUCGUUGUGCAUUCGUGAAACUAUGUCCCGAUGGAAAGAGUUGGAGUGACGAACUUUGUGAUUGCGUUUGUGCACGCAUUGAAGAAUGUCCCUGUGGAAAAGAUUGGGAUAACAAACUUUGUGAAUGUGUUUGUACACGCAAGAUGAAAUGUCCCAAUGGGACGAUUUGGAAUGAGAAGUCUUGUAAAUGCGAUUGCACACAAAUAGAAGAAUGUUCUGAUGGAAAGACAUGGGAUGACAAUCUUUGUAAAUGCGUUUGCGAACAGAUUGAGACAUGUCCAGCAGGAAAUUGGAUUUGGAGUGACACUCUUUGUAAGUGCGAUUGUUUACGUGUAGAAUGUCUUGGUAUACAAAUUUGGGAUACAGAACGUUGUGAAUGCCGUUGCCUACUAGUAUAUCCAUGUUCUCCAUGGGAUUAUUGGAAUGAGUCUUUGUGUCGGUGUACCUCUAAAUUGUAUCAAUAA